AGAGAAUAAGAAGGCCGGUAUUGGACAUUCGUUUGUUUGGAGCGCCUAUCUCUCUCUUCCCUGCGUCGCGCCCACGAGUCUCUCUCUCUUAUCGAUGAGCGUGCGAGCGGGUACACGAAGCGAGGAAGAGGAGAUCGCUGUGUAAAAGAAGCUUUCGUUUGCCCUCCUUGGCCCUUGCCCCUUAAUACUCUCUCUCUCUCUCUCCUUCUUUAUUCUUCUACUUUGCUUCCUUCCCUUCUCUCUCUCUAAGCGGAAUACAGGCAAUGGCCGUGCAAGCGCAGUACCCUGCUAAUGUUCUGCUACUCGACAGAGCCGAGACCGACAGAAGCAACGAGGAUAUGGACUUCACUCCACCUUCCUUUCUCGAUCAAUCCCCUGUGUUCUUCUCUUCCAAUGGAGGCAAUGCGAAUCCUAGGAAGAGGGGAAGAGAGGCGGCCUCAGCGGCAAUCGGCGUGCCGAUGGUGUUUUCUAUACCGCCGGCUGCGGUGCAGCCUCCAACGGCAGUGAUCGGUCUUUCUCAGCCACGUUCUCCGGUGCCGCCUCAUACGGUGGUCUCCACCGGUCUCCGCCUUGCGUUGGAUGAACAAAAUCAGAGACAGCAAUCGGAUUCUCUCCUCUCUGCCUUCGUUUCAGAAGAGCUUGCCGCGCAGAUGAAUCAACAGAAGGAUGAAAUCGAACAGUUCUUGCUUGCUCAGCGAGAACAGCUCAGGCGAGCAUUGGUCGCUCGGCGGCAUCAUCACUACCGCGCACUACUCGUGGCGGCGGAAAAAUCUGUCAUCAAGAGGCUACGUGAAAAAGAGGCGGAAGUCGAGCUUGCCUCUCGCCGGAGCGCGGAGCUCGAGGAUCGACUCACCCGACUCCGAUCCGAGUCCAUGGCGUGGCAAUCCAAGGCAAUGGCCGAGCAGGCGACGGUAGCUUCGCUCCACGCUCAGCUCCAGCGCGCCGCUGCAGCUGCAGCUGCAGCGGCCACGGCCCGCGAGGAUUGUUAUGGCGAGUCUCCGGCGGACGACGCUGAAUCGGUUUACGUCGACCCAGAAAGAGCAGAAGCUCCGUGGCACGCGUGCCGUGCCUGCCUCCGGCGACCGGCGUCGAUGGUUUUAAUCCCUUGCCGUCAUCUCUGCCUCUGUCCCGCAUGCGACUUCGCCGCCGCCGGCGAGGGGUGUCCUAUAUGCGGCGCCGUCCGCACCGGAAGCGUCCAAGUCUUCCUCACUUAAUAUUAAAAUUAUAAAUUCAAAAAAAAGGGGAAAGUAAGAAAUAUCUGUCCUGUUUUGGUAUUUCUCGCCUUUUUUUUCAUCUACUGGAAAACAAAAAGAAGAUAUUCAAAUUAUAUGUAAAAAUACACAAAUUCUUUUAUUUUGUUAAAUUUGAAGGAGAGGCAUCUUACCGUUUAAA